AUGUCAAAGCAUACGAUUACAACGACAAUCCAAUCUAAAACCAACACGUACAACCGAACAUUGACCUUCCUAACGAUACCUACGAUUUCCGCCUUCAUUCCAGACCAACCUAUUGACCGCACGCCUAUAAAUAUCCCGAAAAACAUACAAUUAGCAGAUCCAACAUUUCACAUACCUGCACCUGUCAAUCUAUUACUAGGCGCCGGAGUAGCAUUGUCCUUAUUGAGUGUCGGGCAAAUAAAUCUGUCACCUCCCAACGGUCCAGAUUUAUUCUUGCAAAAAACCAGAUUAGGAUGGAUAAUCGGGGGGAGUGCUCCAGCGUCCAAACCCACGCAAAGCACGAUCUGUCAUGCGACAACGACAGUACAGGACGAUUUGGCGCGUUUCUGGGAGUUAGAAGAGGGACCACAAAUCCAACGGCUAUCUGACGCCGAACGAUUCUGCGAGGAACAUUUCCAACAAAAUGUUCACAGGAAUUCCGAUGGCAGAUAUGUAGUAGCACUCCCGUUCAACGACAAGCUGCCGCAACUUGGGGAGUCCAAAUCUAGGGCGUUAAAACGCCUGUUGGCUUUGGAACGCAGGCUGCAGCACGACCAAGGUUUAUCACAACAAUAUAGGUCUGUACUGCAGGAAUACCAAGACCUAGGGCACAUGUCAGAGGUACAGGACACCGACGAAAUCAACGACGGGUUUUAUCUACCCCAUCACGGGGUCACUAAGACUUCCAGUGACACUACGAAGUUACGGGUUGUGUUCGACGGCUCCGCAGCAACAACAACAGGCGUUUCGCUUAACGAGACAUUGCACGUUGGGCCAAAGGUUCAAGACAAUUUAUUAUAUAUCCUCAUUAGGUUCCGAAGUCACCGGUACGUCCUGAAUGGCGACAUCGAAAAGAUGUACAGACAAUUUCUAGUCCGCCCCGAGGAUCGGAAAUUUCAGCGAGUCCUAUGGCGUGAUCCUGCGGGCAAUCUGAAAACAUACACACUAAACACAGUCACCUUUGGACUAUCCGCCGCUCCGUACUUGGCCAUUCGCUGCCUCUCGCAAUUGGCUCAAGACGAAGGACACCGAUUUCCUGAUGCUGCGCAGAGUCUAGUAAGGGACUUUUACGUAGACGACCUACUAACUGGAGCACCAACGGUACAGGGAGCCUUGGCCUUGCGAGACCAAAUGAUCCAGUUAUUAAAUUCAGCCGGGCUACAAAUACGACAGUGGGCUUCAAAUCACAAGCCACUCUUACAUGGAUUACCCGAACAACACAUCAAUAAGAGGCUUCACCUGGGAGAGUCCUCGACAAUAAAAACUUUAGGGGUUGUUUGGGAUUCCACUGAUGACACGAUUCGAUAUUCCGUGACCAAUAUCAUACCCACGAAGUCCGUUACCAAACGGUCUAUCAGUUCUGUCAUCGCGCGAAUUUACGACCCUUUGGGCCUUCUCGGACCAGUUAUAAUUGUCGCGAAGAUUUUAUUGCAGAAGAUCUGGACAAUGAAGAUUGAUUGGGACGAGUCGCUGCCAAUGACCGUACACACAGAAUGGGUGCAGUUUUGUACGCAAUUAUCUUUAUUAAAUAACGUCACGUUUCAUAGGAAUACACUCAUCAGCGAACCAACAUCCAUCGAGUUACACGGCUUCUGUGAUGCCAGCGAACGAGCAUAUGGAGCCUGCAUCUACCUUCGGUCAAGGAAUGCGGACGGUCACUAUCAGGUUGAACUCUUGUUGGCAAAAUCUAAGGUAGCUCCGCUAAAAACCCAGUCAAUUCCACGAUUGGAAUUGUGUGGAGCGAUACUCCUAACCUCAUUAGCCACAACAGCACAGAAGGCUCUACACGUCACCAUUAAUCGCAUUUGCUAUUGGACCGAUUCCGCCAUAGUAUUACACUGGCUGAGAACAUCGCCACACUUACUCAAAACUUUUGUCGCGAAUCGAGUCGCUGAAAUUCAAGGCAACACGAACAUCGAAGACUGGCGACACGUCCCAACCGCAGACAAUCCCGCAGACAUCAUCUCCAGAGGCCGAUCACCUGAGGAGUUCUUACAACCAUCAAUAUGGCACCACGGACCGAGGUGGCUACAAGAAGAGGAAACACAUUGGCCUUCCGGAAACAUAUCAUGUCCAAACGAUCUUCCGGAGCAGAAAACUGUCGUCUGCCUGACCACUACCUGUCCUGAUGUCAAUUUCAUCGAACGAUUUUCAUCAUGGGGAAGACUAAUCAGAGUCAUCGCAUACUGCCUGCGGUGGAAACACAGUCACACGGCAAAGGGAGCACUCACAGCCUCGGAACUAAAGUACGCUCAUGAUGUCAUCAUAAAAUUAAUACAACGAAUGCACUACGCUGAGGAAAUGAAGAAAUUAACAACGGGCAACGGCCAGACAUUAAAGGGCGGACUUCAACGGCUAAACCCAUUCAUUGACCGCGACGGACUUCUACGAGUCGGUGGCCGACUAAAGAAUUCAUUCAUGCCUUUCGGUCAACGACACCCGAUCAUUCUGCCGAAGACCCGAGUACUCAGGCCACCCUUUAUGCGGUCAGACGGCGCUACUGGCCCAUUGACGGCCGAGACCAGGUCUGGAAGGUCAUAA